GAAAUUCUGAAGUCAGAAGUUGAACGACGAACACGUCUGACACAUGUAAACGGGUGCUACAUGCUACCUGCUGUAUCUUUACCGGAGUAACACUUUUCGCUCUGGUUAGCGAAGAGUAAAUUGUCAAAAAUGAUAACUCCUCAAAGAAUUACCAUCGUGAAUAGUGUGGUCGAAAGACUGAAAAAUGUUGAGGAAAAAUCUUCUGGUUUAUUGUUUGGACAUAUUUUUGAUAACACCCUGUGCGUUGUAAGUUUUGGCUUUUUUUGCAAACUGUCAGAACUGGUUUUGAAUUCCCUACCAUCUAAUGUGGGCAUAUGUGGUGCCUUUACUACUGAAUCCCAAGUUGAGAAAGCAGAAGAUUGUUUUACUACAGUGAAGGAUUUGGAGUUUGUUUGUAGCCCUUUGCUACUAACCAGUGUCAAGGAUGGAUUGCAGUCCUUCAUUCAAAUUAAUGGGACUUCAAAACCAAUGUCUUUUACUACCCUUAGUACUGCUCAAUUUGCAUCUACCUUCAUAUUUUGCCGUUCCACCGCUGAGUUCUCUAUCAACACUGAGAGAAGUCAACAAUGUAUUAAAUCUUCUCUGGAGGACAUGAAAAACAAGGUACUUUCGCAGAAUGUGGCAUUUAUGCUUCCUAACCAGAAGUUAUUUCUAACUGGAGAGACAAUAUCGCAAGGAGGAGGAAUCACUGGAGAUCACCGUGUGAAAGAUCUUUUUGAUUCCCAGUCAGACCGUGGUGGUAAAGACAUGGAUAUAUUGUCUGUUCAAAUGCAUCUCAAGCAGACCAAAGAUCUUGAUCUGAGAAGUAUACAAAGUGCAGUGCCUCUCAUCCGUCAUAUCAGACGCUCCAUUGAGAGUGUAAAUAUUCCCAUAAAAGUUGAUGUAUUGGCACUGUUGCAUAGAAAUGCAAAGGUUGGAACUCUAUUUAGCGUUCUUUCAAAUUCUUUUCUCCAUGGGCUGAGACUAAUAGAGGCGAAUUUAUUGCAUGAUUGUGCUCUAGAAAAGAUCUCUACCCCUGAGACAUAUCACUUUUUACCCGUCCAAUCUAAUGUAUUUAUUUCCACUGUCUACCCUAAGACAAGUUCUGAUGCAGAAUUAAGGACACGACGUGAGCAGCUGCAUCAAAGUUUCGGUUUUGCAUUGGAUCAACCUCUUUUUCGGAGAUCUCAAUCCUACAAAUUUGCAGGGGAGAGGAAAUCAAAUGGUCCUCUUAUAAAUCCACAUGAAGGAUUAAAUUCAGGGGUGAAAGGCGGGCAGAGCUCCCUCGUAAAGGGGCUUUAUAACUACCACCAUUACAUGCAAGACCGCUUUGAUGACAAUGGUUGGGGUUGUGCCUACCGCUCCUUACAAACAAUAGUGUCAUGGUUUAGGCUGCAGGGCUAUACCGAAGUUCAAGUCCCAACACACAAACAAAUUCAAGAAUGUCUUGUUAAAAUUGGUGAUAAACCCUCAUCUUUUAUUGGUUCAAGAAAGUGGAUAGGCUCCACAGAAGUUAGUUUUGUGCUGGAAACUCUUCUUAAUGUAACUUGCAAAAUAUUAACAGCGAGCACUGGUGAAGAAGUUGGUACAUUAGGUUCAGAGCUCUCCUAUCAUUUCCAAACUCAUGGAACACCAAUAAUGAUAGGUGGUGGAGUUCUGGCCCAUACUAUAAUUGGAGUGGACUACAACCGUUCAACAGGAGACAUAAAAUUCUUAAUUCUUGAUCCUCAUUAUACUGGAGGAGAAGACAUAAAUGUCAUUACUGGCAAAGGAUGGGUUGGCUGGAAGGAUAUCAAAUUUUGGACAAAAAAUGCAUUUUAUAAUUUAUGCCUUCCUUUGAGACCAAUUGGUGAUAUUUAAAGAGGGAGCUGUAAAUGUGAUAAGUAUACUAUAUUCUUUAAAUUACCCCAAAGGUUCAGCCGUUGGGUUUUUGAAAGACUUUUAUAAACGGGGGACCAGUACAAGGGUUAAUGAUUUUAAAUGCUAUCAACUUCUUAAAAACUGAAAUGUAUGUUAAUGAAUGUUUUUAAAUCUAAUUGGUACUUUUUAAAACAAGCAUAUUAAAGUUUCCAUGUGAUUUUUUUUUUUUUCCUAUCACUUUUUCUAGAAACUCAAUGCUUUUAUUUAAAUGAUGGAAAUAAAAUAUGUUUGCGUA